GGAAGUUCUGCGUUUUGUUUUUAUUAGAGAUUUCUGGUGUAUUGGCUGGAAAACAAUCAGUGUUUUGUUCUUAUUUACUUUAUUUCGUAACUUUAAAGUGGUAUAAAAUAACAGUGGAUGCAGUUAUUUAUAUAUUAAUUUUUCUUUUUCAUGUGAAUAUGUGAUAACAAGAAGUUUCUCAAGAUUCUUUAAUGUUAUUAAAAGAGUAACCUGUUUUAAUGAUAUCAGGUUAUUUUUAUGUUUAUGCAUAAUGAAACGAAAUGAUCCUUUUGAACUACUUGGAACCUGAUUUAUUGAAAAUGUAACCUGUUUUUAUUUGCAAUUUUCAUGCAAGAAGUAUGAAUAUUUACAUUUUGUUGACAUUUGAUAGUUAUAAACUUGUAAAUUGUGUUAAUAAACUUGUAUAGUAAUUCAGUAUAUGAACUGUGGUAAAAUCAACAUUAUGGCUGAGGCUUCAAGUGUACCGAGAUUAAAUGAGUCAGUUAAGAUUGAAGAGAAUCAUUCUCCUGUUAUCUGCAAUUUUCCAGUUGCAAAGCCCCGCCACAAGCCUCUUACUAGCCCUAUAGUUACUUCUAAAGAAAUAGCCAAAGAAUUGCUCGAAAGAGCAGAAAAACGGCAAAGAUCAUACCCUGAUGGUGUUGAUGUUCUUCUUGCCAUGAAACAGCCUUCUAGUCCACUAAAAACUCAAAGAAAAGAAGAUGGUAAACUUGAUGCCAAUGAACUUUUGUCAAUAUUACAGGAUGGUGCAGAAGUUCAUUAUGUGGAUAAACCUAAACCAAAUAAAGUUCCCCGACUUUCUAGGGGCCCAUAUAAAGAUUUAAAAAUAGACCCAGAACUAGAAAAACGCCUUGCUUUGCAGCAAUUGAUGGAAUUUUCUAGAAAACGUGGUCGCCCGAAGAAAUCAGAGACUGAAAGCAAUAAUAAUAAUAACAAUAACAACAACAAUAAUAAAGGCCAAGGUUCUUCUGAUGUCAAACAGGCUAAGAAAAAUGCAAUUAUUAAAGAAGUAAAGACCCCCAACAGGGAGCUAAGAAAAUUAUUACAAGAUGAAGGUGCAAUUAAUAUGCUGUAUGCCAUCGAGAAAGGAGAGAGUGAAAACAAAGAAAGACUAUUGCCUUCUAAAAGAAGAAUGAAAAAAGCAUUUAUUAGAAAAGCUCAGGAAGUUACAGAAGCCCUUCUGUGUGGAGCCACAUCUUCAGGUGUAUCACUCCGGCAUAGAUCUAUUUCAGAGAAGAGGAAACCUUCUACUGAUUCGGUCGAUUCAGAACAAUCAGAAUUUCAAUUUACUCCUCCUUCAGAUUCCAAAAUAAUAAGGCGGCACUCUUCAUCCAGCUCUUAUUCGAGUCGUGCUUCUAGUCCAAGAAUGUCCUCCCCUCCUUUGGUUCGCCCUGAUGAAGGAGUUCGAAUAUCAGAAAGGACUGAACAGCUUAUUGAAGCUAAAUGUAAAGAACUCAAUCUUCAGCCAGGACAUUCUCAGAUGAUUAAGAAAUUGAUACAAGAAAAACAGAAUGGUUUUAAAGAGAGAUUGCAAUCUGAGUUUGCUAAUAAACUUAGAGCUGCUAUCAGUCGUAAUGAAUCAUCAACAGCAUCUUCAUCAGAAAAAACAUCCAUAUGGAAAAUGGUCGAAGAAGACUGGGGAAGUGGAAGCGAUUCAGAUGCAGACCAAAACCGUCCAAAAGAGAAUGGAGGUGAAGAGCCAAGCACCAUCCCUAACAAAGUAAAUUCAUCAUCAAGUACUUCUCAGUUACCACCUCCACCCAAACCUCAAGAAACAAGUGAACCCAGGGAAGAGAGGGUUAAUGAAGUCCGAGAAGAGCCAAAAGAGGCAAAAGACGAGACUAAGGAAGACCCUAAGGAAAGGAGAUUGCCCAGGGAAGUAUCUUCUUAUAGGGAGAUAAAGAUGGUAGUGAACGAUGGCUUGGCAAGCCUCAGCCUCGCUACCAACUCCACUAUUCUGCCUCAUGCUUUGAGCACAAAGGUACUGAGGGAGUUGAGCCUUGCCUUGGAGUAUGUCUCUCAGAGUGCAGACGUGAAGUGCAUCACCUUGAUGAGCGAUAGCAUGGACUUUUGUCUCGGCUUCGAUCUACCUGGCUUACUGUCGAGGGACCAGGGCGAGCGAAGAGCUCUAGCUGCCCAAGCGGCCCUAGCUAUCAAAGAAUUCGCUUGUAAGGUAUGCAUGCUCGGUAAGCCGUUGAUAGCAGGGGUAAGAGGGAGAGCGAUAGGCCUCGGCACCGUUCUGCUUUGCUAUUGCGACAUGGUUCUUGCAGAGCCUGGCUGUACCUUUUCCACGCCUUACCCUCGGCUAGGUUGCUUCCCGGAGGCAGCGGCCACCACUCUGUUACCUCAUGUCAUCGGUCUUGCUCAGGCAAAGAAGCUGCUGCUGACUUGCGCUAGACUGAGCAGCUUAGAGGCAGAGAACUGCGGCCUGGUGACGAGGCUGGUCAGCAAAGGAGAGCUGAAGCGGGAGCUGGUGGCUGCCGGGAAAGACCUCCUCUCCCACUCACCUCAGGUAAUGGCAAGUACAAAGGCUGUGGUGAUGCAUGGGUUACGGACAAAACUGCCGUCAGUGCUGGAGACAGAAGUGAAACUCCUGCAGCAGCACUGGACCUCCGAGGACUGUCAGAAGAGGAUCACCUCGCUAGCUGACAACCCAGAUUCUAUCUAGCUGUCCAUAUAUUCUUAUCACCGCUACAUAUCAUGAUUCCGCAUUUAUGGCAUACUUUUUUUCAGUAUGUUCCAUUUAUGUGAUUGUUAUACACAUAUAUUGUUAUGUGUAGUAAUCUACUAUUAUUGAUGUUUGCAAUAUGAUAUAUAUAUUUUUUUCGUUGUUACAUUAUUUCUUCAUUUUU